UUAAGGCGGGCUCAGGCGGUUUCUUUCAGUCUAUCUCCUCCCAGUCUUUCUUGCAAACCCAAAACAAAGAUAAAGCAAAACAAAACCCUCACCUUCCUCUCAGUGUGCGCGUCUCUCGCUACAAAUUCAAAAAUGGCAGUGUCUUCCGGCAUUAUCUCCACCUUCAUCUCCGCCGAGACGGCGCCGCUACUCAAGUCUUCAUCUUCACCAGCCCUUCGCCUCUCUCCAGUUCGUCCUAACUUGCGUAUGGUUCGGACCUUAACCUACGCUACCGCUUCCAAGGUGGUCACCGGAGAGCGCCAGCCUCGAGGCAUCAUGAAGCCCCGCCCUGUCUCACCUGAAAUGCAAAGCCUUGUUGGGGCUCCUGAAAUUUCUCGCACUCAGGCUCUUAAGCGGAUUUGGGCUCAUAUUAAGGAAAACAAUCUCCAGGAUCCUGAAAACAAGAAGAUUAUAAUUUGUGAUGAGAAGCUGAAGAAGAUUUUCGGCGGGAAAGAUAGGGUUGGGUUUCUUGAGAUUGCGGGGUUGAUUAGUCCUCAUUUCCUUAAAUGAAUGUAAGUCGAGCGGAUAUGGAAAUUUUGGGUUGCCUAGUGCCUACUGUGGGGUGUGUCAUUGUCCCGGAUGUUUUCACCACUUUGGCCCCUGCAUCCGGGUUUUUUUUGUAAUGUUCUUACUCAGGCCCCUCAGUUGUUGCAUACAGGAGUAAGAUAACUAAGAUGUAUGUAUCUUGUAAUCUUGUUUGUGUAAUGUGUAGGCUUCUUAGGAUGAUAUAUUAGUGGCUGCCAGCUUAGUUUGUUGGAAGUCUAUCCUUUUAGAUUGUUGACAAUUGCUUCUUAUUUUUGCCGUCGUCUUUCUCUAA